GCAUGAAAUCACAAUCCAUAUAUUAUUACACAUUUCUGGUACUCUCUGCUAUAGUUUCACACUUCAUUCCUUCUCCACUCACUAACUCACUCCAUCUCAGAAAAAUGGCUGACAAAAUUGUCGAAACGUCGUCGUUAGAGCCGGAAAAUCAAAACAUGGUGGCGGUGAAAGCGCUUUACAAGGCACUAGCAGGCGGCGACGUGGACAAGGUGACCGUAGUUUUGGCUAGCGACUUAGAAUGGUGGUUCCACGGGCCUCAAAAUUGCCAACACAUGAUGAGGGUGCUCACCGGUGAGUCUGAUCAAGCCGAGUUCAAGUUCGAGCCCAGAAGCAUCACCACCAUCGACGAUCGUGUAAUCGCCGAGGGGUGGGAAGGACAAGCCUAUUGGGUCCACGUUUGGACCCUAAAAGAUGGGUUAAUAACCCAGUUUAGGGAAUACUUCAACACGUGGCUGACGGUGACAGAGCUGAUCGGGCACCAAAGCCCGACGCUCUGGCAGAGCCAGCCUCAGGAUCUGGUGAACCGAUCGUUGCCCGGGCUCGUCCUCGCCAUCUGAUAGUAGUGGUGUUGUUGUGAUCUUGGAAACAUUGGACCUCAAAUGAAUGUAAAACAUAUUAGAUAAAUGGAAGUUAAUGUAUGAUCUUGAACAUAUAUAUUUUAAUUAUCAGUAAUGCUUUUUGUAUA